ACCCCUUAACUAAAAUGGCAGACAAGUGAGUUGGAAUUCUGAUACAAUUUAAUCGUAAUCCAUCCUCCCUAAAAGUGUUCUUACUUUAUAUUAUUUAUUAAAAUUAAACACAAAUUAAAUCAUUAAAAUAAAUUUUAGUUUAUUUUACAAACUGAAAAUCUUUGUGAAUAAAAUAAAGCGUUUCAAAUGUCAAGUCCAUCUACUCAAAUGUAAGUCGUUGGUUAGGUAUAGAUAGGCCAAAUACUAAUAUAAUUAGGUUGUUUUGAAUCAAAACGUAAGCGAUAUAAAAAUAAAUGUAUUAUCUUUUAUUAAACAAAAUACAAUUUUUCAGGCAAACAAAGCUGCCUAGGGUGCCCGAGUCUAUCCUCAAGAGAAGAAAGCAAAUUGCACAGAGUAAAGUAAGAGCUGCCAAGGCUGAAGUUGCUAAUAAAAAGGUAAAGUCAUAUUUCUCUAUUUAAUUUAGGAUGUUUUUUUUUUUGUAAUGAGGAAAAAGGAAUUUUGUUUGUAUGUGAUUGUGCUUUAUCAAGCCAAUCACUACAGUGAGUGACUGACAUGUUCAUUAUAUUUAUGUCCCAUGGCAUUAGCUUGAUUUUAUGAAAUUUUGCUUUAUUAGUGUUCUAUUGUGGCAAUAUCCCAUGAUCAAUAGAAAGUGAAAUGAAGUUAGAGGUACAGAGUAAUUGUCUCACUGCAUAAUUUUGAAGCUGAUUUGACAUUUUGGCUUGUUGUUUUAGUAGGCAAUGAUACAGCUAAGCCCAAUUGUAGUAUUAUUAUAUUUUGAUUAAUGAUGCAUCAUAAUAAUAAUAGAUUCAAUCUCAAUUGUUUUACAAAGUGAACGCAUGGCACCCCCAUGAGUCCCUUCUCAGAGCUUAAUUGGUUAUUGUGCCAAUGUGUAUCACUUCCUGAUUCCACACUCUUGCGGUGCAGACAAUAUGCAGUUGUCACCAGAUUCUAAAUCUUUCAAAAUAUAGGAUAAAUGUCUGUAAUUAGUAAUUGCGAUGCACAGUAGAGACCUGUUUACCCUCAAACACUUAAAAUCGUACAAUAUCAUCCCAUAAUCGUUCAAUACAUUAUCUUAAUAGUAAAAAAAUAACUAUACAGUAUAUAUGAUGUAUACACCUCAAAAUCGUACAGUGUAUGCCAAAAUCGUAAGAGUAAACAGGUCUGACAGUAACAGUAUUAAUAACAAAAACAAAGCUGACACUGCAUGUUGUUCUCCUCUCUCUUCACCUUUGGUGUUCUCGCAUAUUCAAUAUCUGAGUGACAGCCAACAAUAAAGUCGCUAUGCUCAAUUUUGCACUUGGCACCAAGUUUUGUUUUUGGCAAUAAAAUAGUAAAAUCAUGAUACAUCUGCAUGUAAUAUGUAGUUUUAAAAAAAAAGACUAACUACUAAACUGAAGACCAUUGAAUGAUCGAGUUAGUUCAAUAUUCACUUUGAAUUUCAAUUCAAAUUGCCAAGAAUUAAAGACACAAUGUUUGUAAAACUAAAUGCAGUAUUAUGUAAAGCAAUUGUUCACAAAAUGAGGUGGUUCAGUAUAUAAUACUGGUUUUCAUAGUUAUCAAUAUAAAAUGUUAUAUACCAUAAUAUUAAUAGGGACAAACGAACUCACAUUUCAUUUAUAAAACAAAACAUAGCUCAUAGCUCAAAACUACUAAAGACCAGAGCUAGCCAUAAACCGAUUAUUUUUUUGUCAUAGCUAAUGUUACAUUCAAUGGUUCAUCCCUUAACUCAUUCCCUCCGGCAGCGCUGCUUCCAGACUUAAUUUAUUUUCCUGAGAAAAGGGAAGCAACUCAGUUUUGAAAUUGAUUUAUAUUUUUAAAAUAUUUUUUUAAGUUUAAUAUUAUUUAAUGUUAAUGAAUUAAGAACAAAUGCAACAAGAAAUGAAUAAGGUUUAAUAUAAAUAUAACAUUAGCGGGGGAAAAAUAACGAACAAUGGCCAAAAAAAUCGAUUUUCGGCACCUCGGACGAACACAUGCUACAUAUAGACGCGCCGUACAAAAGCACACAUAGUUUUAAAGUGAAACAAGAUAAAAACUUCGGGUUUCUAAAUUAAAAUCACACAGAAAUCACGCCAUAGCCGGAAGUCUCGAGGGACGCGAGAUUUCAUUGCUAUUUUUAACUAAAAAUAAGAGAGGUGUGCGCAUUUGGUCGCAUCAGGAGAAACACCCCGAGGACGCAUUUAGUCGCAACUGUCGGGAAUGAGUUAAUAUGUGUGACAAAAGCAUUGGCAUAGCAAAUUAUGCCUAGGAUAUUACCCAUCACCUGCCAUUUUUUAAAUGUAAAAGUAGGCCUACAUUUCCUAAAAUUUGAACAUUUCGUUUUGAUUUAUUUACAGAAACAAAUUGCAAAGAAGAAGGUUAUUUUCAAGCGGGCUGAAAAGUAUGUGAAGGAGUACAGAGCCAAAGAACGUGAUGAAGUCAGACUUGCACGUUUGGCAAGGAAAGUUGGAAACUUCUAUGUGCCUGCUGAGCCAAGACUAGCUUUUGUUAUUAGGAUCAGAGGGUAAUGAUAUAAUGGUUUUAGCUGAUUUUGGGUUAGCGAUAAAGCCGAGGAUGUGUUCCGCUUUAUAUGGUCAUGGUGGUUCCUCCCAGGUCAACUUCCGUCUUCAGCGUGGUUUUAAAAAAGGUUCAAUUUUUAUGUUAGUGAUUACUUAAUGCAAGCUAUUGUUUUAUCAUUUUCUAUUUUUUAAUGGUGGGGGGUGGUGUUAAUCUGAUUGAGGUAGACUAUACACAUCGAAAUAUUUAACAUUUUGUUGUCUUGGCAAUCUGCAAAAAUUUUGUUUAAAGUACAAUGUCUGAAUUAGCCGUAUGUACCUAGUGGCCAUACUGAAAAAAUAAGGUUGCAAGUGUGAACUGACGCAUAAACGCAAACUGUAUCAUUAUCUGUAUAAUUUCAGUGUCCGCUUUGUCAAAGAGUUAAUCAUAUUUUAUUUUUUGAUCAGUCAGGCGAGUUAAAUUUUGUGCUGUACUAAUUAUUGGACGUCUUUGCAUACCUCAAUUAAAAUUUACAAAUUUUGUCUUUUGUUUCAUAGUAUCAAUGGUAUUCACCCACGCCCAAGAAAAGUGUUGCAGCUGUUCAGGCUGAGACAGAUAAACAAUGGUGUCUUUGUGAGACUUAAUAAAGCAACACUCAAUAUGCUGAAGAUCGCUGAGCCAUACGUUGCAUGGGGGUAAGUAGUUAUUAAAUAAUUUCUACUUUUUUUUACAGGGCCUUUUUGAUGAAAGACAUGAAAGUUCCAAAAAUAUUUAACACUUGGAUCUUCUUGUAUAUAAUUUUUGAGGAAAGCUUAAUAUUCCCAAUAAAUUUUGGAUGGUCACUAAAUCUAUAUAAAUAAACUGAUUUAUGUGUUGCUGUAAAUAUGGCGAAAAAAGAUUUGCUAUACAGUCAGUAUAUUUUGUUUUCUUUUCACUAACUACUUUUUGUUAUCUGAAAAGAUUGUCUGGAAUGCCCCUGGUCCUAAAAACUUAAAAAAUCUUGUGGGAUGAUUAUUAAACGGGGUAUAGCUAUUCGGAUAUAGUCUUUUAUUUGUCUUUAUCUGAAUAUAUUGUCCAAAAGCCUGUCACAUUUUUUUUUUUUUAACUCCCGUUAGUUAAAAAAUUUAUGCCUUACUUUAUUUGUAUAUUUUAUGAAUGUUCCUUGCAAGUAACACUCUGUGCUAAAUCGUCACCUGAUUUGGUUCAAUUUUUCACCUUGCUAUAGUAAUCUACCAUCACUAUUCCAACCUAUAUGUCUAUGCAUUUUGGUUGUUAUCAUGGUGGUUACAGUAAUUUUUCUAUGAAUUUAAAAUUCCAUUGCAUAUUUAAUACUUUGUGUAGAUGAUGUUCUAUUUGCUCUUACAACUGUUUUUAUAAAUAACAACCACCAAUAGACUUGUACAAAAAGCAAUUUAUUGAAAGGUUUAUGGUUUAUCCAUAUCACUGAAUAUGUUUGAAAAUUUCCCUGCUAAGCUGUCAUCCAUUAGUUACGUUAAAAAUUUUAAUGCAAUUUUUUUACCCCACCCCCCAUCAAAAACUGUAAAACUUUCAGUGACCCCCCCUAUUUAUGUCAAGAUUUCUAGUCCUCCUCCUCCUCCCCCCCCCUCCUCCCCCCAAUUAUAAUAAAAAUAAAUUUAUUAAUACAUUUUACUUUGUGCCGAUCUAUUUUAAUGACACUAAAUUGUAGGAAAAAUAUUUCAUUAAUGUACAUGUUUAGAGGGCUAAUCAACAAGUUUUACACCUAAGAAUCAAUGAAAAUGUUGUUAAAGACUAAAUAUCAUUGUUUGUGGAAGUAUAAAUAUGAUUAUUGUCAGUAAAGCUGACAAUUGUAAUAUAGUUUCUAGCUGCCAUCAUCUUGCCAUGGAGUAGUAAAAAAAAAAUUUACAAUUAAAUAAUAUAUUUUCUUUAAAACGUUUUAACAGGAUGAUAACUUUAAUGUUUAUAAUGCUUCAACAAAAUCUUUGGUUUGACAAAUUCCCGCUUUACAUAUUGAGGCUAGUACUCAUUGAACCUCAAAUGAUGUUACGUUAUUGAGUGUUCCAAAACAUACCUAUCCAACUAAGAAAAAGGAUAAUAUAGAAAUAUUAGGUAAAUGCGAAUUAAGAAGAAUAGUAUGUAAAUAAUUUUAUAUACUUUUAUUAAAUGUCUUGUAAACAAUUGAGUAUCAUAGUAUAAUUAAUAAUUUUUUCUGAGGAUCGAGUUCAAUGUAUACUUGAUCUUUGUCUCGUUCUAACUUAUGAAAAAAAGACAAAAUUGACAGCUUUAGAUUACGUAUCAUUUCAUCAUAAAGCUUUUGAAUAAAAAAAAAAUCCACUAUUUUGUGGAAAAAAAAUUAGUGAACAUAAUGUGAAAAAAAAUGGACUGUCCGCUCAAAUAGUGGACACCUGGCAACCUUAGCAUUGUCGAUGUGAGCAAUAAUUGCCAUAAGCUCUCUCUGUCUCCUGGCAGCUACUCCCAUUGGUCGAAUCCUUUUUUUUGUUGACUAGCAGGUGGUAAUUUCUGGUGAAGAGGGCAUUGUCGGUGCUGUUGAACAUGAUUUUUUUCAACAUGGCUUGUGAUGCAACAUAGAUGUUACAGAUUUUGCAAAUCCGUUCAAGCAGUGAUGCUAUUAUUGUUAAUCACUUUACUUUCCUCAAGUUCUAAAAAAAUAUUGUAUUCUUACUCUAACAAUAUCAUUUAUCUUGACUGCAAAUGAAACCUAAAAAUUAUAUGACUAUUUACACUCAUUAAAUUUUUAAAAAUAAUGUAAUAACCAGUCAAUUUUAAUUUAAUGAAGAACACAUUAUUGUUGACAUCAACUAAUCUAAACCCCCCUCCCUCCCCCUUGUCAACAACUGUCAAACAUAUCAUCCAUCCCCAUCCCCCCAUUUUGUUGACAUAAUUAAUGUAUGACCCCUAAUGCCAGCAACUCUUGAUACAUUGGUAUGAAAUUAGCAUGACCUCAAUGCUUAUUUUUACAGUGUUCCCAAUUUGAAGACUGUAAGGGAGCUUAUCUACAAGAGAGGCUAUGGUAAAGUCAACCAUCAAAGGAUCCCUUUGACUGACAAUGCCAUCAUUGAAAAGGAACUGGGUAUGAAAUAAAAGUUUGUUAUAUCUAUUUAGGUCUGAAAUGCCAAUUUCUAAUUUCUUCUAAGUCUUCAUAUUUAUUUCAUUUGUUAACCUUGCUUUAUUAAAAUUCCAUUACUCUUCAAACCUUAGUCUUUAUGGUAUUCUGUUGUUAUGAUGAGGACAUAAUAUACAUGCCAAAAAUUGUAUACAGGUAUGUAGAAAAUGUAAUGUUCUUUACCAGAUUAGUGCCUUAUGUUAUAUUUUUAUGUGUUACAGGUGUCAAGAACAUCAUCUGUAUUGAAGAUUUGAUUCAUGAGAUCUUGACUGUUGGUCCAAAUUUCAAGUAUGCCUCAAACUUCCUGUGGCCAUUUAAACUGUCAUCUCCCCUGGGUGGAUGGCGCCGCAAGUACAACCACUUCAAUGAUGGUGGUGACUAUGGUUUCAGGGACUCCAAGAUCGAUGCUCUUGUCAAGCAGAUGAUUUAAACAAUUGAUUGUAAUAAUAAACUAGCUUCUGCAACUGUUAAACUGUGUUCUUGCAUAUUUUCUCUGUGCUGUACCAGUAAUUGCAAUGUUAUUCCUUUAUUUUAUAUGCAGACUUUCUGUAGCAGCAAGCCCACCAUUUGUUUUGUAAUCCAUAUUUUUACAUCUUGACUUGUACCGUAUGUAACUUAUGAUUUUAUUAAACAGAAUCUGAAUAUUAAAAUUUGAGUAAGAGAAAGUGGGAGAUGUAAAUAAAUUAUUAGGGGGGUCUUAUUUUAAAAUUAAAACGGCUAAAUUUACAUCAUUUUUCCAUGAUUUUAACAAAUUCAUAUAAUUAAAAUUUGUGCAAAGUGUUC